GCGCUCCAGUACACCCCCCCUCCCUCCCCAAAGCCGGAGCUCAAAGUGUCGGUCUCUGUUAUUCAUAAUAUUGUUUCAAAGAAGAUCGUCUUUGGGUGGUUUUGCAGUGUGCACGCUGCAGCACUGGAGCAUCAACACUGGGAGGAGGAAAAGACAGAAGUCGGAAACCUGAAGAACCCUCUCCACCCAUCUCCAAGCAUCUCCAAACAGUAUCGAAACGGGAUCUUAAAAGAAAAAAAGGUGUCGACGGCAAGACAAUCCAAGACACUAACACAAUAGGAGACGUGUAUGCUUGCUUUUAUUUGCAGUUUGACACCUGGAGAGAAAUGAAAACCGAGCGCAUCUUUGUGGAAGGAUCGUGCAACAUGCGACGAUAAACUUCAGACGCAUCUGGACACUCUUGUUUGUUUGUUUGUUUUUUACGCGUUUAUGGAUGUAAGAGAAGAGAUGCGCACAGCGGUUUUUUGGGCGGAAUAAAACCAGGGCCUUUUUCCUCCCUCCUCUCUCCUGACUGAUGCUUGCUGAAUGGGCUGCUCUGUCGGAUGCUGUAGCCGUACCUCAUCCUGAUGCAACCUCGUGGCUGGGACUACACCGCGCGUUGUGAUGCUCCUUCUGCAUGCCCAGUCUGAUACCGAGUCUCAUUCCUGCGGUCAGACCUGUGCGUUUCUACAAUGGCCCGUUUCGAAGACGACCUGCCGGUCCGGUAUGCGGGCGGCUCUCCGUCGCCUGCGGGCCGAGGGCCGAGCCGGCAGCAGGGCCCCCCGGGCGCCCACAGGAUCUAUAAACAGACCAUGGCCCAGCGAGCCCGCACCAUGGCCAUCUACAACCCCAUCCCCGUCAAGCAGAACUGCCUCACCGUCAACCGCUCUCUCUUCAUCUUCAGCGAGGAUAACGUGAUUCGGAAGUACGCCAAGAGAGUCACUGAGUGGCCUCCGUUUGAGUACAUGAUCCUCGCCACCAUCAUAGCCAACUGCAUCGUCCUGGCCUUGGAGCAGCAUUUACCUGCGGAUGAUAAAACCCCGAUGUCUGAGCGACUGGAUGACACAGAGCCCUACUUUAUUGGCAUCUUUUGCUUUGAGGCUGGGAUUAAGAUCAUCGCACUUGGCUUUGCUUUCCACAAAGGCUCCUACCUCCGUAACGGCUGGAACGUGAUGGAUUUCGUCGUCGUGCUGACGGGGAUUUUGACCACCGUCGGGGCAGACUUCGACUUGCGGACGCUCAGGGCAGUACGAGUCCUACGGCCACUUAAGCUGGUGUCUGGAAUUCCCAGUCUUCAGGUGGUCCUGAAGUCCAUCAUGAAAGCCAUGGUGCCUCUGCUGCAGAUCGGCCUGCUGCUUUUCUUCGCUAUCCUCAUGUUUGCCAUCAUCGGCUUGGAUUUCUACAUGGGCAAGUUCCACCGUGCCUGCUUCCGAGACGACACGAAUGAACUGGUGGCCGAGUUUCCCUGUGGCUUGGAGCCGCCGGCACACGUCUGUGAGAACGGCACCACUUGUCGGGAAUACUGGCCUGGCCCUAACUUUGGCAUCACCAACUUUGACAACAUCCUCUUCGCCGUUCUCACAGUCUUCCAAUGCAUCACCAUGGAGGGAUGGGUGGAAAUCCUUUACAAUGCCAACGAUGCCUCAGGGAACACCUGGAACUGGCUGUACUUCAUCCCCCUCAUCAUCAUCGGCUCCUUCUUCAUGCUCAACCUGGUACUGGGAGUGCUGUCAGGAGAGUUUGCUAAGGAGCGAGAACGUGUGGAAAAGAGGCAGGAGUUCCUAAAGCUACGCAGACAGCAGCAGAUUGAGCGAGAACUCACUGGCUACCUGGAGUGGAUUUGUAAAGCAGAGGAAGUCAUGCUCGCCGAGGAGGACAAGAAUGCAGAGGAGAAGUCUCCACUGGACGGUGCCUGGUACAAGAGGAAAUGCAACAACCCAGUUCUGAAACGAUCCAAGAAGAGCAAGAACGACCUGAUCAACGCCGAAGAAGGGGAGGAUCAUUUCACAGAUAUCUCGUCAGUCGCUCCCCAGGGUUCUCCUUUCGCUCGGGCCAGCGUGAAGAGCAGCAAGAACGAGAGCUCGUCGUAUUUGCGCAGGAAAGAAAAGCGAGUGCGCUUUUUCAUCCGGCGCAUGGUGAAGUCUCAGGGCUUCUACUGGACGGUGCUGUGUCUGGUGGGGCUGAACACGCUGUGUGUGGCUAUAGUGCACUACGACCAGCCCGAAUGGCUCACCUACGCUCUCUAUCUGGCGGAGUUUGUAUUCUUGGGCCUGUUUUUGAUUGAGAUGAGUCUGAAGAUGUACGGCCUCGGCCCCCGGAGCUACUUCCACUCUUCCUUCAACUGUUUCGACUUUGGCGUGAUUGUAGGGAGUAUUUUCGAGGUGGUGUGGGCGGCUGUUAAACCCGGGGCAUCUUUCGGCAUCAGCGUGUUACGAGCUCUGCGGCUGCUGAGGAUCUUCAAGGUUACAAAGUAUUGGAACUCUUUGAGGAACCUGGUGGUGUCUCUGCUGAACUCUAUGAAGUCCAUCAUCAGCCUGUUGUUCCUCCUGUUCCUCUUCAUUGUGGUGUUCGCUCUGCUCGGAAUGCAGCUCUUUGGGGGACAGACUACACAGGAAUUCACUAAACCCUCUGACAGGUUUAAUUUUGAAGAGGAGACCCCGACGACGAACUUUGACACCUUCCCAGCAGCAAUUCUGACGGUGUUCCAGAUUCUGACAGGAGAAGACUGGAACGCAGUGAUGUAUCACGGGAUCGAAUCUCAGGGAGGAGUGGGCAGUGGCAUGUUCUCCUCCGUGUACUUCAUCGUCCUCACACUGUUUGGGAACUACACUCUUCUUAACGUCUUCCUGGCUAUUGCUGUCGACAACCUUGCAAAUGCACAGGAACUCACGAAGGAUGAAGAGGAACAGGAAGAGGCCAUCAGUAAGAAGCUGGCACUCCAGAAGGCUAAAGAGGUGAAGGAAGUCAGCCCCAUGUCAGCUGCUAGCAUCUCUCUCGCAGCGCUCAAUGGAGGUGCGCUGUCGCACGGCUCCUCCAACUCCAGCUCUGAUUCUCCGAAUUAUGUCUGCUCCCCCGCCCAUCACUACUUGAGCCAAGAGCAGCGGCGCUCGCUGAAGAUGAUGUCCGUGUGGGAGCAGCGCACCACUCAGAUCCGUAAGCACAUGCAAGCCAGCAGUGAGGCCCUGUACAACGAGGAGCUCAACCCCCGCCUGACCUCCACCCAGCACCUACGGCCCGACAUCACCACCCACCUGGACCGGCCGCUGGUGGUGGAGCCGCGAUGUGACUGGGACAAGCCUAGGGACUUGAGAGUCGAAGCAGGUACACCUGAGGACCCUAAUCCGCAGGUACCCCCUGACUCCCUUUCGAUGGAGCCUCCUCAGUCACAGCCACCGCGUAAACACCACCACCGGAGACGGGAAAGAACUUCCAAUGAAGGGCGAGAAAAUGGUGAAACAGGAGCUUCACGUCAUCACGUGCACCACAGCCGCAGUAAGGAGACUGAGGGCACCCGGGCUAAAGAUGGUAAGAGUGAGCGCAGUCACAGCCGUGAUGCUAGAGGAGAACACAGACACCACCGGUCACAUAGGGCAGGACGCGAGGGCAACGGUAUUGUCGGCACCAAGAGCGAGAGACACUCGCAUCACAGAGAAGGCUCACGCUCGGCCAGGGGGGACGGAGAGAGGGGCUCACGAGGGGAGGAAGGGGGCAAUGGGGGCAGGAGGAGGCACCGGCAAAGGGCUGGCAAGGUGCAGUCUUCACUAGAGGGCGGGGAGCAGAGGGAGAAUGGAGAGCAAGAAGAGAGCAAUCCUCCAGGACACAGACAAACUGAAAUGGGUGGAGAUUUGCUGCCUGCAACUUCUCAGCAGCUUGCUGUAGGGAAUCGGUGGGGUCUGGAGAAACCAGAAGACUCGGAUAACCAGCGAAAUGUCAGCCGGACAGGAGGCCUGGGGGUCCACAUCCCCGUCACCAUCACCUCUCCACCGGGAGAGACCACUCUUAUAGCCAUGAACAGUAUAGACAGCGAGACGGCGCCAAUAACUGAGAAGAACCUGGAGGAGGGGAACCAGAGCGGGCCACGCCCCAUCCUUCCUUAUAGCUCCAUGUUCAUCUUCAGCCCAACUAACCCGGUGAGACGUUUGUGCCACUACAUAGUCAGUCUGCGUUACUUUGAGAUGUGUAUCCUGAUGGUUAUAGCCAUGAGUAGCAUUGCCCUGGCUGCAGAAGACCCAGUCAACGCCAACGCUCUGCGGAACUAUGUGCUGAAGUAUUUGGAUUAUGUUUUCACCGGCGUGUUCACGUUUGAGAUGGUAAUUAAGAUGGUAGAUUUGGGUUUGCUGCUGCAUCCAGGCUCCUACUUCAGAGACUUGUGGAAUAUUCUGGACUUCAUUGUGGUCAGUGGAGCUCUGGUGGCAUUCGCUUUCACAGGGACCAAAGGCAAAGACAUCAGCACCAUCAAGUCUCUCAGGGUGUUACGGGUCCUGCGGCCGUUGAAGACGAUCAAACGCUUACCGAAGCUGAAGGCCGUGUUCGACUGCGUGGUGAACUCCCUGAAGAACGUGCUGAAUAUCCUCAUCGUCUACAUCCUCUUCAUGUUCAUCUUCGCCGUCAUCGCUGUACAGCUUUUCAAGGGCAAGUUCUUCUACUGCACGGACGAAUCCAAAGGACUGGAGAGGGACUGCAGAGGGCAGUUUCUGGAGUACGAUAAGCACGAGGUCUCGGCUCAGCCCAGAGAGUGGAAGAAAUAUGACUUUCACUAUGAUAACGUGCUGUGGGCCUUCCUUACACUCUUCACUGUGUCAACAGGAGAGGGCUGGCCUACGGUUCUGAAGCACUCUGUAGAUGCCACCUUUGAGGACCAGGGUCCCAGUCCUGGCUACCGCAUCGAGAUGUCCAUCUUCUACGUGGUCUACUUUGUUGUCUUCCCCUUCUUUUUCGUCAACAUCUUCGUGGCCUUGAUUAUUAUCACGUUCCAGGAGCAGGGAGACAAAGCCUUGUCCGAGUGUAGUCUGGAGAAAAACGAGAGAGCCUGUAUCGACUUUGCCAUCAACGCCAAACCUCUGACACGCUACAUGCCCCAGAACCAGCAAUCUUUCCAGUACCGGAUGUGGAAGUUUGUCGUUUCUCCACCUUUCGAAUACUCCAUCAUGAUCAUGAUCGCCCUCAACACUGUGGUCCUCAUGAUGAAGUACUACGAUGCUCCGUACGCCUACGAAGCAAUGCUGAAGUAUCUCAACAUCGUCUUCACUGCCCUUUUUUCCAUGGAGUGUGUUCUAAAGAUUAUCGCUUUUGGUCCUUUGAACUACCUGAAGGACGCGUGGAACGUCUUCGACUUUGUGACGGUGCUUGGGAGCAUCACGGAUAUCCUGGCCACUGAGAUUAAUGACCGUCUGAUAAACCUGAGCUUCCUGAGGCUGUUCCGAGCGGCUCGUCUCAUCAAGCUCCUCCGGCAGGGUUACACCAUCCGCAUCCUGCUUUGGACAUUUGUGCAGUCCUUUAAGGCUCUGCCUUAUGUCUGCCUCCUGAUCGCUAUGCUGUUCUUCAUUUAUGCCAUUAUAGGAAUGCAGGUCUUUGGAAACAUCGAGCUGAACGAGGACACGGCCAUCAACCAUCACAACAACUUCCGCACUUUCCUCCAAGCUCUCAUGCUGCUCUUCAGGAGCGCUACAGGAGAGGCCUGGCACGAGAUCAUGCUGUCGUGUCUGAGUCACCGGGCCUGCGAUGUGAACUCCGGCACUCCGGGAAACGAGUGCGGCAGCGACUUCGCCUACUUUUACUUUGUCUCCUUCAUCUUCCUUUGCUCUUUCCUGAUGCUGAAUCUGUUUGUGGCUGUGAUCAUGGAUAAUUUUGAAUACCUGACCCGGGAUUCGUCCAUCCUGGGUCCCCACCACCUGGACGAGUUCAUCCGCGUGUGGGCUGAGUACGACCCGGCCGCAUGCGGACGGAUUUCCUAUAAGGAUAUGUACAAUUUGUUGCGAAUUAUCUCACCCCCUCUUGGCUUAGGGAAGAACUGCCCUAAUAGGGUAGCAUACAAGCGUCUGGUGAAGAUGAACAUGCCCAUCGCAGACGACAACAGCGUGCAUUUUACCUCCACGCUCAUGGCUCUAAUCCGCACCGCGCUGGAGAUCAAACUGGCCUCAGGAAUCGUGGCUCAGCGUUUAUGUGACGCAGAGUUAAAGAAGGAGCUGGCAACCGUCUGGCCAAACCUGUCUCAGAAAACCAUGGACCUACUGGUGACUCCUCAUAAACCUAAUGAGCUGACGGUUGGGAAAGUCUACGCUGCGCUCAUGAUCAUCGACUACUACAAACAGAACAGAGCCAAAAAACUGCAGAUGCAGCAGCAACAGUCCAAAGAUCAGCCAGGACCACAGAACAAUGUUGGUGCUCUACUGGAACCCAUUCUGAGCCCCAUGCAGGAGAAGAGCAGGAGCAUGAUGGACUGUCCUUCAGAUCUACAGCAUCUCAUCAGACCCAGCUCUACCACACUGAACAACGGACACACACCCCAUGACAACAGCAUCAAAGGCUCCUCGUCCUGGGCUUCUGAGAAAACCAAAGACGUUCAGAGAUCAAAGAAACGACCCAUCCUGAGAGUCCAGUCAGAAGACAUCUCAAACACAAACACUGCCCAGGUGUCAGUAGAGAUGAGGAACAUCGAGAACAGUGCCAACACAAUCCAACAACCUGCUGGUUUAGAGGGUCAAGGCCGGGCGGUAUCCAUGCCCAAACUCAACGCAGAGAUGCAGAAGAGUCAUUCACGUCACUGUCCAGGAACCUUCCUCGCACCGAUUCCUGAUUCCCCCCUGAGGCGCUCGGCGUCCUCGUUUGCCCCACAGCGUCCUCCGGAGGUCACUGUGAACGAUUACAUUCUGGAGAAGCCUGCACAAGAGCGAGCGCAUCACCAUCAUCAUCAUCACCGCUGCCAUCACCGGAGAGAGAGGGACAAGAAGCAGAGGUCGCUGGAUAGGUCACCCGGUGGACAGCCCAAUAACACGGGUGACACGGCAGCUGACUCUGCGGGAAACUCCUCGUUUCGGGAGAGAGGGCACGACCGAGGCCGUUCCCACGAAAGGAAACACCAUUCAUCGACAGCGGACAAGCAGCGCUACUACUCGUGCGAUCGCUACGGCAGCCGCGAGCAUUUUCCCACCAAACCUGCACCGGCCAGCUGUGCCACCUCGCCCGGAGAGGCUCAGGAGACCACCUUCACCAAGCAGGGCAGUGGUUGGGCUAAAGGGAGCCCGGUGUUGUUGAGUUCGGGCUCGAGCACGCCCAGCCGCGGGCGCAGGCAGCUGCCCCAGACGCCCCUGACCCCUCGCCCAGCGGUGACCUACAGGACUGCCAACUCCUCCCCCGUGUCCUCUGCGGUCGCCCAGAACACCCUCCCUCCCCCGAGCCCCGUAAUGCGCAUCAGCUCCGAGCCGUACCUCCGGCCCCAGACGAUGCUGCCGAGCCCACAGCAGAUCGUGACGCUCCCGCCGCUAUCCCAGCAUUCCCUGCUCGGGAUGCCCAACGGGUACCACUUCAUUACGGGCCUGAGCGUGGGGCCUGGCGGCAGCAGCGACAACAUCCAGCGCUACUACCCUGAAGCAGAGGAGGAAGAAUGGUGCUAGUACGGCUUUAACAGAAACACACACACACAUAAUUCUGCUGACGACUCUCAGUGUGUUUUUCUUUUUCUUGUAAAAAAAAAAUUUGAUGAGUUUUAUCAUCUCUUGUUUCACCGGACCUGUGUAUGUGGACAUCCUUUCAUUUUGUUUGCAGAGACCAGAGCCCCAGACUGCUUUUUGAUGUAUUUUAAUAACGAGCUAACUGGGCUCAGGAUUCUGCCUUUCCGAUAAACGAUACAGACACGAUAGAUCUGGAUGUGUAUAGAAGUCUCUGCUCUUAAUUCCCUGCCUUUGUGUGAGAGAGGUCACAGUCUGAAUGAUGGACAACCACAACAACAACAACAACAACACAAAAAAAGUCUGGGAAAACAGUGACCUGUAGAGCUCAAGCAACAUUUCUCUGUCUUAUGGCCAGCGAGCUGCGUCUCUCAACGCAAAUCCCCAUGAAACCCACACACACACACACACAUAUAUACCCACACACACACACACACACACACACACACACACACACAUAUAUAUAUAUAUAUAUAUAUAUAUAUAUAUAUAUGGACCUUGUAUUGAAAAAUGCAAAGAGGAAAAUCUCUCGCUGAAAUGUUUUCAUUUUGUGUUCUCCAUCUCUGGGAAAGCUGAACCAUUCCUGUGGGCUAUGUACGCACACACACACACACACACACACACAGACUUACACACCUAUAUGUUACACACACACACACACAAAGAUUUUAUUUAACACUCUCCAUAAAGGUUAUAAGGAUUCUUUUGCUGCUGAUGACCAUUCCUAGCCGACGUCACCGAGUGUGAUGUUGAGAUGUUGAGGAACUGGUAACAAGAAACGUCAUUUCUUUUAUAAAUUAGAUAUUUUAUCUAUUCAUUAAGUGCAUCAUCAUUAUUAUUAUUAUAUUAUAAUGUAAAGAUACGACGGUGUUUUACGUGACACGCUUACAGUUUCCAUCACCCUGUCAGGACCACCAUUUCUUACAGACUGCUCCAGACAUUCUUACAAAAGUGCCUAACCUUUUGACCUUUUGAAUAUAUAUUGUAGUAAUUAAGCGACCUCAGACUCUUUAUGUUUUUAGCGUGUCAGGACGCGGCAGAAAGGAGGACCGACCGAAGAUGCUCGGGGUUUUCGUGGAACUACAUGGUGUUAUGACUGCAGGCCUUAAUCAGGAAGCAAAAGAAACUGUACGUUUUUAGUUUAUUUCCGUUUAUUUUCCUUUACUUUCUUUCGAAGGAAAUGACCGUAUGAUUGUGUUUCAUUUGUUUUCUUCUUUUCUUUUUCUUCUUCUUCUUACAUUUGUAGUACUUUAUAACAGGGGGAGGGUGGAAACUUGUCGAAAAUCAAAUGCAAAAUAUUACUUAGGAUGAAAUAUAUAUAUAUAUAAAAAAAAAAAUGAAAGUAGUCGUAUAAUACCACGUUACACAACAUAACCACAAUUGCAUGUUUUUCAAAAAUGACCAGGUUGAAGAUGGUGAUGUAUGUGUAAAUUUUUAUUUUUAUUUAUUUUUGUCCUUUGUUUGUUUUUCGGUGAAGACGCUCAACCGGGACAUCAUCGCUAGCUAUUGGCUUUAUUUCUCAACUUUAUAUGAAAGGGCUGUUAAAGACGGGAAAAAGAGAAACACCUUUGUGAUGUAUAGCUUUUGAAUCAGAUCUCCAGGUCGAUGUUAAGACUGUUUGAAGAAAGUUCUACCACGUAAUAUCCCCCCCAGGUGUGGACGAAUCUUAAUUGGACAACUUCUUACUUGUCCUAGUGGGUCUGUAAAAGCUACAGUGUCCUGUGGGUCUGUAAAAGCUACAGUGUCCUGUGGGUCUGUAAAAGAUACAGUGUCCUGUGGGUCUGUAAAAGCUACAGUGUCCUGUGGGUCUGUAAAAGCUACAGUGUCCUGCCCACUCUCAUGUUUUGGUUGGCCGGCAAUUGUAUCGACUCAAAAGUCGUGGCUGAUUUAAUAUGAUCGAUUAUUAUGCGCUAGUUAGCUAGCUAAGAGUAUUUAGCAAGCAGAUAGCAUUCAUUUCGAUGAAAGCCGUCAUGAUUGACCGCGACUAGAUGUGGGCGUGGCAAACUUUAACGCGAACAUACAUCGAUUUGUUUGUCCAGCGACUAUCAAUGGGAAUGAAGACGUUGCUACUUCUUCGUCUCAUGAUUAUACACUUUUACGCCAAAUCUCCCUCCAGCAUGUUUCCAUUUUAGCCUCCAAUUAAACUGAUUUAAAAUAUUUGUCGCUCCACCCACAGAUAAAGGUUGUUGCUAUGGCAACGCGGUACUGAUGGCUUCAUAGUACGGCGACUGCAGCGAUAAUAUCAGCUGAAUGUAGCUGAGUAGAAAUGAAUUUUUUUUGUGUAACAAAGUUUUAUAUCAUGUGUUCGGUCUUUUUUAUCUAGUCACUAGCCAGUGUUCAGCUGAGGAGAUUCUAGCCUGGCUAGCGGCGUAAUUUUCUCUCGUAAUAUGUUUAAAUGACUGCGUAUAGAGCAGCGUGUUCAUGAUUGGGGGAAAAAAACGCAUCUCUCUAUAUAUAUAUAUAUAUAUAUAUAUAUAUAUAUAUAUAUAUAUAUAUAUAUAUGCUAAUUAAUCCUGCUGGUAAAAAAAAACAGCUGAUGUUUCCUAUUAAAUUAAAUAGCCCGGACAUACAAUCUGCUAGGAGCUUGGGUUAGUGAUUUGUCCACCCUUCCACGUGGUACUCUACUGUCUCGAACUGACCUGCUACCAGAUGUUCAGCUGGACAUCCAGCCGCCGUAGCUCUCAUGGCUGAGAACCCAACAGAGAAGCCAACACCCAGUACUAGAGGGAUCGUUUAUUAUAAAGACUUAUUAGCGUGACCUUCUGAGAUCGAAGCUAGCCGACGAACUUCAUGGAGGACGAACGAGCACCACUUUCCUUUUGUAGCACUGCACAAACUCGGUGACCAUUCAGCUGCUUAGCAUGCAACAGGAGCCGGCGCCUUUAAACCGGAGCCUCGGCUAUCGAAACGACAGGAUAUGUUUUUUAUUUCUUUUUUUGUGGAUUGAAAAGAAGUACUUUUGUUUUAAAGUAGGGCUAUGCAACAUGAAGACACUUUCGAAGAAAAGAAAACAUCAUUCAUUCUGUAGCUUUAUCUGCUGGGAUGUCCAGAUUCAGCCUUCCGCAUGAUCGUGACCAAAUCUUUUUCUAUUGUUAUUAUAAAAAAAAAAAUGUAUGAAAUAUAUAUAUAUAUAUAUAUAUAUAUAUAUAUAUAUAUAUAUAUAUAUAUAUAUAUAUAUAUAUUAGAAUGCAUAAAGGCACAACGAUUAACGAAGCGGACGUCACGGACGUCUUUGAGAAGAAAAUAGAAAAAAUCUGCAAUGUAUCUGCAUGCAUCAGAGUUACCCACUUUGACACGGUUAAAGCAGAGCGGGGGGUUUUGAAUAGUGCAUAUUUUUCUAUAUGGCCACUCUUUCUUCACGGCUGUGCUGAAACCGUUCGGAAUAAAGUCGUCAUGCCGAAAUCCUCUUUGCACUCCGGAUACAUCUGUUGUCCUUCAGCACUCUGCCACCGUGGCUUUAAACCGUAGUCCACACAUAUCUAAUCCACUUCCUCCAUACCUGCAGUUUCGUCACCGUUGAAGACACACGAUCUUUCAACCAUUUUGUUUUAUUUCCCCAAAACCAGAAAUCGCACCCCCCCCAACCCCGUCCUACAUCUAGUUUAAUGUGGCUGUUCUCUUUUGAGGGAAUAAAGUAAUGUUUGCAUGGUCUGACGAUGUUACGUGCAUGUUGAUCUACGCAUUGUUUAUCUUCAUACUUUUUUGAUACGAUGUACUCUUUCUGUUUUUAAAAAUGACAUUUGAUAUAAACUAAGGGGGUUUGUUCAGGCAAAAAGAAAAAAAAAAAGAAAAAAAGAAGAGAAAUAAUAUUAAUAAUAAUAAUAAUAAUAAUAAAAAAAAAAGGUUUCUAUAUAAACUCAGUAUUGACAAUUGUGCACAGCUCCUUCCGGUGAGGCCGAGCUGGAACAAACGCCCUUUAUUUGGAUUCUACAGUCUCACUUUGUUUGUUGCCUGAUUUCUGUUCAAAUGGCCAGACUUUGAAUUCUGCAGUUGUUUCUACCUUAAUAUUUUGUAUGAAGCAAAGUCCUUGAAUUAAAAAAAAAUGG